AUGGCUUCUGCUUCCGAUGUCGAUCAGGUGAAGGUUUUUGAGAAGAUCGAGUUAUUAGCUGGUGAAUGCGGACCACGACAAUUCAAUAAGGAGAAACACAUUGAACUAAUACAACUAUUACGAUCAGUGAAAGAUGACAUGUCCACGGAAUUACAGAGAGCUAGAGAACAAUAUCAACUGCUAUUCGCUUUAACCUCUACUGAUCUGAUGGAAUGGUUUAACGACUUGAUGGAUCUCGAAGAUGAUUUUGAGAAAUGGGACUCUUUAAAACGAUUUUUUGAGUUGAAUGUUGAUGAUAACAAAACAAGCUGGUUUUACUCAAUGUAUCUUCAAUUUAUUACACAGGCAUAUACAACGCCAACAAAGGAUGAGAACGGAAACCAACUUUAUACAUUGGACAUGGUGAACCUUAUAUUUGAUGAGGCUCUUCAAAACACCAAGUAUGAUUUUCAAAACAGCCACCUUGUUUGGAAUAAAUUUUAUAACUUUUAUCAGGACCUCAACUUGAUGGGAUUUAAUAUCAUGAAAAAUCACUUUUUAGAAAUACUAAGAAUUCCUCACAAGAAUUUAGAUGAGACUUUUUCAAGUUACUCCUCCUUUAUAACAAAAUAUGCUAAUGAUCAUUAUCAACAAGAAAUGAAACAGGCAACUCAGAUUCACUCUCAAACUCAGAAACUCCAGUGGGACAUAGAAUCUUGGGAACUAAAAAAAACAUCAUAUUCUGAGCCUCAUCAAUAUUGGAUCGAUUACAUGAACUUUCUUGCUUCCAAACCAAAGAAACACAGAAAGAUAGAGCAAGUGAAUGCUGUAUUUGAACGAGCAAUUGGUGAAUCUCAAGACGCUUUAUUCAUAUCUGUUUGGCUCAGAUACACUCAUAUAUUAUACGACUUUCAAGUCUCUGAUGACAUUAUACAUACAACUACUAAAAGGUUCAUAAAGCAUUUUCCAAGCUCUUGUUUCCCAUAUGCUGAGUUCUUCAAAAACGUUUCAAAUCUUCCCGAGCUAAAGGAGUCUAUCGAUCAGUAUUAUGAAAUAAUGGUUAGGGUUGACGCACUUCAUUUAAUGGAAUCAAUUGAGUAUGAUGAGUGGAAAGUUUUGGCCUCUUCUGUUCUAAUAUGUGAAUACAACUUUAUAAAGAAAGGUGAUGAUGGUAUCACGCAAUCACUUUUGGUUGACUUGGAUGUUUUUUUUGACCGAGCUGUUGAUGGUUGCAAAGAUGUUUACCACUCCGUUGAAAGGUUGUGUGUUUUGAUUCAAGAGUCAUUGGAUCAAAUAGAGGCUGCCAGGAAUUAUCUCAGGAGGAUCACAGAUAAAUUUGGUUCAGAAGCUGAAAACUGGUUGAUUAGCCAUAAUUUCGAGAAGAAGCAUGGCACCUAUGAAACUGCUUCAAAAGUUUUAUAUGCUGCAGUAACAAGAUCUGAAACCCUUGAUUGGCCAGAGCGUAUUUUUGAAGAAGCUUUGAUAUAUGAACAAGUUUACGGUACAAUUAAAUCUUACAGACAACUUCAGGCUAGAAUUGACAAAAAAUCAUCGGACAUAAGCGCCCUAAGACAACAGGCUCUUGAGGAUCAGAGUUCUGAAGUAGUUGAAGAUGUGAUUAAAGUCGAAGAACCUGAAAAGCGCAAAGCAGAAGAAGACUUGGAGGAAAAUGUGACAGAUGACCAUAAAAAAAGAAAGACAGAAAUUCAUAGAGAUCGUGAACAUUUAACAGUUUCAAUCAAAGGUCUUCCCUUGGACACAACUGAACAACAAAUUAUCAAGUUUUUCAAAGAUUGUGGUGAAGUCAAAAGUCAUCACCUUGUGGAAACAGAUAAUCAAUUACAUGCGAAAGUUGAAUUUGCUGAUGAGCAAUCCGUUCUGAGGGCUUUAACAAAAGAUCAUAAAAGAUUUCAUGGCUCUCAAAUUAGGGUCCAGAAAGCUUUCCAAACUACAGUCUGGGUUACAAACUAUCCACCAUCAUAUACUUCUGAAUCAAUCAAAUCAUUGUUCUCCACUAUUGGACAAGUUGCAAGUGUUCGACUUCCAUCUUUGAAGUUUAACACACAGCGUCGUUUUUGUUAUGUUGAAUUUCUUGAGUCAAAAGAUGCCAUUAAAUCUGUUGAAGAAUUAAACAAGAAAGAUCUAGAAGGUUAUGAGAUAGUUGUUAAGAUAUCAGACCCUGAAUCCAAGACCUCACGAACUGGAGCAGUUGAAGAGAAAAGAGAAGUUUAUGUUCGAAAAUUAGAUUUUUUUAAGGUUACAUCAGAAAAAGUUAAGCAGCUUUUUCUAAAGUAUGGUACUGUUGAAAGAGUAAAUCUUCCAUUGAGUAAAAUAAAUGAACAACAAGGUAAGAAACAUGAUGGGUAUGGAUUUGUUACGUUUAGUACGUCGGAAGAAGCACAGGCUGCACUUGAGUUGAAUUUGGUAACUUUGGAAGGACGUGUAAUUGAAGUUUCUAUUUCCCAAAAAAAGUCUGAGAGGGUCCAAAGAAAGGAGAAUAAUGCUUUCAAAGACUACCAAUCGGCUGAUAAUGUGAUUGCUUUAUUGAAUGUCCCAGACACUAUCAAUUCCUCCCGAAUCAAGGAUAUUUGUUCUGAAGCUGGGCAUGUGGAAAAUGUCCUUCUUGAACCUGAGCAUAAUGGUGCCAUUGUUGAGUUUAAAGACGCAAGUGAUGCUGGUAAAGCUUCGUUGAGAUUAGAUGGUAAAACGAUUGGUGACUAUACUUUUCAAGUAGGUUCUGUUAAGGAUUUGAGGAAUGGCAACAUCAAGGAAAGCUCUGCAAAAUCUACUUUACCAAUGGUUCCUUCAUCUCUUAGAAGAAAACAAGCAUUUUCAAAAUCCAACAUUGUCAAGGCAAAAACAAGCCCCGACUCUAGUGGAAAUGGAGAAGAGAAAAAAAUUACAGGCCGCUCUAAUGAUGACUUUAGAGCGUUGUUGUUUGGGAAGAAAUGA